GGCUCUAGCCCCCGUACAACCCAAAGGAUCUAUAAGACCGCAUAACAAUAGCGUUAUCAAGUCAAAAACAAGUUUUUUAAAAAGCUAGCGCGCCGUGAAAUUCCACUUGUUUAUAUAAUAAUCUGCGGCUGCCAAGAGCCCAGCGGAAUAUACAAAAAAUAUUCAUUUUUCUAGCUCUGGUCGUUUAUAUUUUUUCAGGCAAAGAAAAAAACCAAGCAUUUCUGCGUGUUAUGUGUUAUUGUUGUGAUCAGUGAUCAGUGGAACAAAACCAAGUGAAAGUGAACACAAGAACGAAAGAGAAAUCAAAGUGAAGCAACUUGAGUCCUAUCGAGAAAGGGAUACAAAUCAGAGAUAAUGUCGGACAUUGAGGAUGUUUUCGGUGGCUCCGCCGAGGAGACCAAGCCCGAACCCGAUGCCCAAAGCAAAAGCAGCGUGGUCACCGAGCAAACCGAGGAGGUGAUUCCCGGCGAGACCGAGAAGAUGGUCACAGAGACCAUCGAUGAGGACGGCGAUGUCGUGGAGGAAACCACCGAAGUUACCCGCAAAACGGUGAAGCGCACCAUGAAGAUCACUGAGACUUCAGCCACCACAAAGACAACAACGCUCACCACCCCGGCCAAACUUUAUGGCAAGGAUCUGAGUGAGUACGAUGAUGUGGAUGUGGAGAGCCUGCUGGCCCAGCUCUCGCCCGAGGAGAUAACCAUACUGGCCAAAGAAGUGGAUCCCGAUGACAACUUCCUGCCGCCAGACCAGCGCAACAGCUAUGAGUGCACCAAGGAAGCCACCGGUCCUCUGAACCGCAAGCAGCUGAUCGAGCACAUCAACAAGCAGGCCAUCGAGACGCCCGACCAGCCGGAGUUCGAGCCCUAUGUGCAGGGCAAGGUGCGCGGAAAGAAGUGGGUCCCUCCACCGAGGGAUGCCCGCGAUAUCGAGGCCGAGGAACAGAUCGCCAUCGACAUGGGCGAGGAGUACGAGCACGCCCUCAACGAUGCCACGCAGGAGGAGAUCAUCGAUCUGGCCGCCAUCCUGGGCUUCCACUCGAUGAUGAACCAGGACCAGUACCACGCCUCCUUGCUCAACAAGGGACAGCCCGUGGGCCUGGGCUGGGAUGGCAUCACUAAGUCCACCCAGCAGAAGCUCUUCCCCAUGGAUCCGCCCAACAGCACAGAUGUGGAGGAGUCCAUCAAGCGGGUCAAGGACGAUGACUCCAAGCUGAUUGACCUCAACUUGAACAACAUUAAGAACAUCUCGGACGAGAAGCUCGAGCAACUGUUUGCCGCACUGCCUCAGAACGAACAUCUGGAAGUCCUCUCGCUGACAAAUGUCGGCCUCACCGACAAGACAGCCCUCCUAUUAGCCGAGGCCAUCGAGAAGAGCAAAACCCUGAGAGUAUUAAAUGUCGAGACCAACUUUAUCAGUCCGCCCGUGAUCGUUAAGCUGGUGCAAGCCCUGCUCAAGUGCCACACCAUCGAGGAGUUCAGGGCCUCCAAUCAGCGAUCUGCGGUGCUGGGCAACAAGAUCGAGAUGGAGAUCACCGACCUGGUGGAGAAGAACUCCUCGCUUUUGCGCCUCGGCUUGCACCUGGAGUUCAACGACGCCCGCCACCGAGUGGCCGCUCACCUGCAGCGCAACAUCGACAGAAUCUUCCGCGUUCAGAAACUCAAGCCCAAUCUGCCGAAGUUGAUCCUGCCGGGCAACAUGGAGAUUGAGCGGGAUCUGGCUGGGUAUAACCGAUCGGCCACGCCCUCGCCGUCGCCCUCGCCGCAGCCCCCGGCGGACUACGAAGUGGAGGAGGACCCGGACAAUAUGGUCAUCCGGGGCGGCGGCGAUGCCUUCGACCCGGAGUUCGAUCCCGACAACAUGGUGGUGCCGGGCAGUCGGUCCGUGACGCCGAACUAUGACGAUGAGGGCGUCUACCAAGCGCACACUAAGAAAAGAUCUUGAGUUGCGACUGCAGUUCAGAUUUUUUAAUAAUCUGCAUAGAAAGUCGACAAGAAUUCAAUAAGCAGACCAGAAAGCAAGCAACUAAACCAUUUUUAAAGCGUUUUGUAAUCUAAACCCAAAGAACCGAAGAAAAACAGAAGCACAUAACAACGAAAGAACGUGUAUAAUAUAAUAUAUAUAAAGAUGAAGGAAGCAGGAGCAGAAGUUUAAGCUAAAGAUAAAGCAGCCACGAGCUUGCCAAAAAAUAUCUAUAUACUCUAGAGACUUUAACUAAGCAAAGCACACUGAAACCAAAACGAAGUGAAAUAUCAACUAAAUACAUAAUCCAUAUAUUAUCGAUAAAGAUCGCAGAUCGAACAGGCUCAUGGUAUAUGGGCACUGCAUAGUACCCAUGUGCCAUGAGUUGUGUUCCAAGUCGAGGCCUCUUCUAUAACCCAGCAGAAAUCGUUUAGGCGUCACGUGUAUAAUUUUCUCUAACGCUUAACACAGGAAUUAACUGCGAUGUAUGAUCUAAGUGAGUCCCCAGAUCCGAGUCAAAGUAAAGCGAUAGUAGCAGAAACCCAUAACCAAACUAGAUUUGAGACACUUUUAUGAUUCAAUCAGAGCCACCAACUAACAGCAGAAAACUAAAGCAGCACCACCGACAGAGAAGAGCCAUGAUAAACCUACAAAAAUAUUAAAUACGAUGCAGAAUAUCCCAAACAGAUGAUAAUACGUGUGAAACGCCUCAAUCAGCGUAAAUAAAAAGACAAUUACGAAAUAUAUAGCAGCAACCAACCAACAACAACAUGCCACCACCCAAGAACAACAAUCAAGCAGAAAGCCAUCUUUAUGUGUGUGUGUUUUGUUUGUCCAACUCUUGAUUUGAUUGCCGAAUAACUACCGAAUUAACAAGCCAAGACCCAGCAAGAAAAUCAAAUUCAAAACCAAACCAACAAAGAACACCACCAGCAAACAAGAACAACUACAACAACAUGAGCAACCACGGCAACAAGAACAACAGAUUUAUGUCUAUCCACAAUUCCCCAAACCAACCGACCUUCUGUGUACUCCUCCCGAAACCAAUCCACCAAAAAAAUCCAACCAACCAGCUGUGAACUAACACCGAAGAAUGAUGUGCUACAUGAAUUGGACGUCAGCGUCGCAUGGGACAUCUGAGCAGGAACUACACCAUUGGCAUGUGGCAGUAGGAUUCAUCGAAAUUGGAUAUAUGGAGUCUACAUUUGGCUACACCGAAAAGAAAACUGCAUCAGCCCACACAUAGUGUUGUCAUAUACUUGUUGUUGUUCUCACGCGAAGAAUUGUUCUAUAUUGUUUUGUUAAGUGUUUGUUGCGUUCUUCAGAUUCAGAUGAUUUCGGUUCGAGUUUGUGUUCGGUUCACCAUAUAAGCAUAAUCAUUUGUUUGUUACGAGUUAGGCGAAUGUUCAUUGUCACACACGCAGAUCGAGGAUUAACUUUCCAUCUGGCAGCUCUUAAAUAAUUCUUCCUUAAGCAAAAUCUUCACAUUUACGCUGCAGCUAUACACACGUUUACUUUAUUUUACUUACCUUCCAUUCUGUCCUUCGAUUUUUUUGAAGCCCCUAGACGGGGUGAUAUUUCACAAUUUUUAGUUUUAGUCGUGUUUAUAUCCACACAUGCACACACACAUGAUACAAACACAUAACAUACAUAAUACUUAUACACACUAUAUAUAUAUGAUACAUAUAUAGCCAUGGUCUCUGAAAACAAUUUACUGCUAUUGAAUUAUGAAAAUGCUUAAACAUAAAUUUAACUUAUGGUUAAACACACAAAUCAAAUGAAAAACAAACAAUUGUAUAUUGUAAUGAUAUAUCUUACUUUAUAUGACAUAAUGCAAUGCUUUUAAAAUACAAUUUUUAAAAAUCAUGUAAAAACUUUAAAA